AUGAAAUCAAUCAUUUGCUUUGCUCUUUUAUUGAUCGCAGCUGUGUGCUUUGUCAGUGCUGACCAACAUUGCCUCGACAAGCAAUUCACUGCUUCCAUCUUGUUGAUGGAUCCAAAGAAGCACUAUGAUGACUUCCAUAAAGUCUACUAUGAUGCUGCUCUCCAACAACAAAGAAUUGACAUUCACGAAAUGGAUCCUCAAGAUAAGCACGUUCAAGUCUUCUUGAAGCACAACAUUGGUAAAAUGUAUGUCUAUGAUGAAUCCACUAGAACAUGUACCUCUCAUCCUCUCCAAGGUAAAUUGCCAGCUUUCUGUCUUGCCAACAAUGCUACCAAAGUUGAUCAAAUUACUAUUGGUGGAUCAUUGAAGGCUGAUGUGUGGGAAGAAAAGGUCUUUGGAUGGAAUACUCGUUUGAUUUUGGCUGCCAAUACUUAUAUUCCAAUCAAUAUUUUGACAAAGGGAGGUCAUUUGGGUAAUGCCAUCUUUGAAGAAUGGGUUGAUUUCACUAACUAUGUUUCAAGCCCAGCAGUUUUCAACUUGCCAAGCCCAUGUUUGAACUUGCAAGAUAACAAGAGAGGAUUCGAUGAAGUCAAUGGUAAUUUGAUUGAACAAAUCAAUAGACUCAACAGUCCUUUCACCAAGAAUCUUUAA